GGACAGGUGCUUCUGCAUCAACCUCUACAGCACAAGUCUGUAUUACCACCAACCACCAUGCCCGCCCUCAAUGCCUGUCUCAAAGUCGCCAGUAUCGCUGAAGCUUCUGGUGUGCCAUAUGUAGAGAAAGUGGCAAAGGUGGCCGUAUUCAUCUUCGAGCUCCUCGAGAAAAAAGGAAAGAACAAGAAUAAUGUCAAGGAGCCCUGUGAGAGCAUAGCAAACACGAUCGUCGUCAUCGAUACCUUCGUUCGUAUGCACGGGGAACCGGGGGCUUCGCAUUUUAAGGAUGUUUGUGGGGAGAUGGAAGUGUACCUGGAAAGCAUGGCUCAAGAAUUGAAGGAUAUCAAGCGCAAGCACCGUGGCCUUAAAGGCGUCUUUAGCGUCGACGACUUCCGAGGCGCUAUCCAGAGUUAUAGGAGGCGCGUUGACAAUCUGAAGACGGACUUUCUCAUGCAUUCAGUGGGUGACUGCCGUUUGGAGGUCACACAGAUGCACAACCUGUUGAAGGAUGUGAUGGCCGAGGCUGUGGUGCGCCACUCGGAGGAGUUCGUUUUCCGGAUCCCGAAGAAGCCUAUUGCAAUCACUGCCUUUUUUUUUUUAAUCUGAAGGGACCGCCCGGCUUUUUACUCUGUUUGAAGGUCCUGUGUAUCAACAUCUCUCUGAUGGCUCUGAUGGAUUGAUUUAUUCUCACAACUAAAUCUGAAGCUCAAUAAACUUGUUUUAUGUAUUUGGUUCCUAAUAGUACGGGGAAGCCUCUAUUUCGCACCUGCUUCUGCUUGUACCCCGCUGCUUAUUUCCACCUAUGGUCUACCAAAAUCUUCCCCAGGCUACGGCCUGUUCUUGUCACUGAACAUCCUGACCUCAGCUGAGAAUACUCUUUGCUCCCUUUCGCG